ACCAGCUGGCGACCCGAUUAUUCUGCGGAACUUCAUCCCGCUCUCCAUCUUUGUUUUCGCAGGCUCGCAGUAUUUCUAUUUGUUCGAGUCUUCUAGACAAGCUGAUAAUUCUAAGAUCUUACUGGCCUGCACUUGGUCCGUCAUCGUCCACCGGCCCCUCAGUUUCCCCUCCGCCUGCGUGAGGCUCUUUCGCAACCCAACCUUGCUACCAGCUUAGCAUUCAUUCUCCAGCUUCGUCAUACCAUGGCGUCUAACAGAAUCCGUCGUAUUGCAAAGGAGAUUGCCGAUAUUCGGGCAGACACUCAUUCUCAGAUCACUGCAGAGCCGUUGGGAGACGAUGACGAUGUCACACACCUGCGCGGUUCUUUUCCAGGGCCGCCUGGCACCCCGUACGAAGGCGGCACUUACAAAGUCGACAUCAAGAUACCCACCGAGUAUCCUUUCAGACCACCAGUGAUGAAAUUCAUAACGAAGGUCUGGCAUCCGAACGUUAGCAGUCAAACGGGCGCCAUCUGUCUCGAUACUCUAUCUUCCGCCUGGUCUCCCAUCCUCACUAUCAAAGCCGCCCUCCUCUCGUUGCAGUCUCUACUCAGCACGCCAGAACCCAAAGAUCCCCAAGAUGCUGAGGUCGCAACCAUGCUUCUACGGAAUCCCAAAGAGUUCGACCGCGUCGCACGGGAAUGGGCUGUACAGCAUGCGGGGGCCCCGAGGAGAGCUGCCGGAGAGGGCAGCGGUGGUGCGACGAGCGAGUCCUUGCGGGAGCUGGAGCGAAAGGAGAAAGAAGCCCGAGAGAAGGAGGAUCUAUCCAAAUACGAUGGGUACAACAAGCAGCUGAUUGAUCGGUUUGUUCACAUGGGCUUCGACGUGGACGCGGUCGUAUCGGCCUUCAACUAUUAUGGUAUAGACCGUAACGGCGGCGAGGACUACGAACUGGAGGAGGCUUACAUGGGUGAUGUGACGGCGCGACUUCUAGGCGAGCCAUAAGGCCUUCAGUGUUCGAUGAUUGGUUUACCAUUACUGGACUUGAUAAUGAGCACGGUGCCUGGCGAAUUUAUGAUUUGUUUGUUUGCCUUUUAUUGGGACCUCGGGACGUUUAACCACAGAUUAAGUCGCAGUGACUGACUGCAUAUAUCAAUUUGCAUAUUGACGUAUUUCAUGGAUACUCUCAUUCUUUCUAUAUCCUUACUAUAACGGAAGAAAUA